GCCAUAUUUCAAUCAAUGACCAAUGUCGGAGCCUGGUCCGUCCGCUUCGACAACCAGUGCCAGUCGUGGUAGAGGCCGAGGAAAAUCCAGGGGUGGCUUAGGAAAAUACCUACGUGCUCGUGGUCGAGGGCGUGGAUAUGGUCGACCAGCGGAAUUCCACCAACGGCUGGUCCUAGAGGACGAGGCAGCAGUCGAGGAAGACGAUGAAGAAAAGGCCGAGAGGGAACGCAAGUUCUCCAAGCGGCAUCUGGGCACCAAUGCAGACAGAUACGCUGAGCCAGACCCAGAGCUCGAUUCCGAUGGCGAACCAAUAAUCGAACCAGAAGUGGACCUGUCAUCGUUCCUGCAGCGACAAAAGUUGUCCGACAACCCGGGGUCGUCGCUGCAAACAAUACCACCCGAUAACAACGAUGACAUAGAUCAUUCCCUAGCGCAUAUAUCUUCCCGUGGUAUAGGGUCAGAGGCACCGUCGCGCAAAGGAAAAGUCGAGCAGAUUGUAUGGGACGACGAGCUUGAUGAAUUGUCAAGGGAAAAGGCAGUAGCUGACGCUAAUCGAGACCUGAAAUCUCGUUUUCGCGCCAAAUCCGAACGACUCCGGAAGAAGCCCACUGCCCCUACUGCUCGAGAAAGAAAACAAGAGGCUUCUUACGUCAGUGCUCCAGCGUUACCGCUCCCUGAAGGCGCUGCGCCAAAGGACCCCAAAGCGGAUAUGGAGGAUUUCCUUGAUAACCUUUUAGGCUGAUUAUUACUCGUCGGGACAGAGAGAGGACUGGCAUCACAAAGCUACAUACUUUUAUGCGAUUCACUGUUAUCUGCCUUCGACCCCUCUUCCAGUACCUAGCGAGCCAAGAAGCUAUACUGCUACAUCAUGUUUGUUACGACGUCCAUCUUUUUUCGUACAAGGGUCGUUGGAUAUAGCAACAGAUGCAUGAAGCUGCACUUGACCCUGGGUCAGCCCUGAACCCAU